GAAAAAAGUUGGGAUUUCCACCUAAAACUUCCUGUCCUUUAUAACCACCAUGUCUACUAGAGUGUACAUUGGUCGUCUUGCACGUGAUGCUCGUACCCGCGAUCUUGAACGCCUUUUCAAGGGCUAUGGCGACAUUGUUGAAGUCAAUGUCAAGAGCGGAUUUGGAUUUGUCGAAUUCCGUAAUCCUAGAGACGCUGAAGAUGCGGUGUACGAUUUCCACGGCACGGAAUUCCUUGGUGAAAGAUUGAUCGUUGAAUUAGCUCGUGGUACUCGUCGUGGUCGUGACGAACGUGGUGGUCGCCGUCGUGACGAUCGUCCGCAUUAUCGUUUAGUUGUCGAAAACGUUGCUCCUGGAACAACCUGGCAGGAACUCAAGGAUGUGAUGCGCAAAGCAGGUGAAGUCACCUUUGCCGAUAUUCUCAAGAACCGUCCCGGAGAAGGCGUUGUGGAAUUCUCUCAUCGUUCCGACAUGGAGUAUGCUCUCAAGAAGUUGGAUGACUAUGAAUUGAAUGGUGAACGUUUGAGACUCCGUGAGGAUAAGGGACGCCGUUCUUCUCGUCGUUCUCGCAGCCGUUCGGUUUCUCGCAGCCGUUCGCCUCGUCGUCGUUCUUCUCGUCGUCGAUCGCCUUCGGCUUCCGUGUCGCGCUCUCGUUCGCGUUCGCCUGCUUCUCGUUCGCGUUCACCGCCUCGUCGUCGUGAUCGUUCCGCCUCCGGUUCCCGUUCCCGUUCGCCUCCUCGACGAUCCAGUCGUCGUGAUCGUCGCGAUGAAGACGACACCAAGGAUGCAGAAAUGAAAUCGCCUGCAUCGGAUCGUGAAAGAUCCCCCGCUGCUGCUCGUGACCGGUCCAUGUCUCGAAGCCGUUCUCCUACCCCUGAUCGCAACGAAGAAAGUGACAACCGAAAUUAAGUCAGUUUCUCUUUAUAAAAUGUGCCUGAAUUUUAGUCUUUGAGUUUGCUAUCAAAGUUUGUCUGAAAGUUUGAAAAAAGAUAUUUGACAUUGAACAACCAAAAGAGGAAUGACAAAAUCAAGGAAUCAAGGAAUCAAACAUGUGAAUGCGUUCA